AUCCCCCGCGCUGAUUCUGUGCUCUGAGGUUUUCGGCGCAUACGAAGUAUCUUUUAGCCGCUAUUGAGCUGAAUAUGGUAGAUGGUAUAUUAAAAAACUGUUUGUAAUUGUUUGCAUCUACGUCUUAGAAUAGUUUAAAUCUGAUUGAAUCGGCUGAUCUCUUGGGUGACUUGAAGAUGUCGGUAGUCGUGGAGACUACAAUUGGUGAUUUCACAGUAGACCUCUACGUGAAAGAGAGGCCACGAACGUGCAUGAACUUCUUGAAACUAUGCAAGCUGAAGUACUAUAAUAUGCAAUUGUUCUACAAGGUUUGUACAAACUUUGUUUGUCAGGCCGGUGAUCCGACUGUCAGUGGUCGUGGUGGUGAAUCAAUGUUCCACUUUAUGUGCGGAGAACAAGCACGCUUCUUCGAAGUAGAAAAAAUGCCGCGAUUAAGACAUCUAAAACUCGGCACACUCUCAAUGGUUAAUAAUGGCGAUGGAAUGCUUGGUUCUCAAUUUCUUCUUACGCUUGGAGAAAAUCUUGACUAUCUAGACGAUGAGCAUUGCGUCUUCGGUGAGGUUGUUGAAGGCCUGGACUUUUUGAAGCGCAUUAAUAACGUUAUCUGCGACAAAGAUGAACGUCCAUUCCAAGAUAUACGUAUCUCGCAUACCGUCGUUCUAGAUGAUCCGUUUGAAGAUCCGCAACAGUUAGAGUAUCCUUCUUCUCCGGAAGUCACUUUGGACAAGCUUCACUCUGAUCAUAUAGCCUGUUACGAGAAGGUCGAUGAAGAUGAAGGUAAAACCGUUGAAGAGCUCGACGAGGAGAAAAAAGACAAAGAAGCUAAGGCGCAAGCUACUAUACUGGAAAUCAUUGGCGAUCUUCCUGAUGCCGAUAUGGCACCUCCUGAAAAUGUUCUCUUCGUCUGUAAACUCAACCCAAUUACGGCCGAUGACGAUCUCGAGCUGAUUUUUUCUAGGUUUGGUGAAAUAAAAUCCUGUGAGGUUAUUCGCGAUUGGAAGACGGGCGAAAGUCUUCAGUAUGCUUUUAUAGAAUUUGCUAAUCAAGCAGCGUGCGAGCAGGCAUAUUUCAAAAUGGACAAUGUGCUUAUUGAUGAUAGGCGAAUACAUGUGGACUUCUCGCAGUCCGUUGCUAAAGUGAAAUGGAAAGGCAAAGGAAGAGGUGUUGUCGGAGGUUGGAAAGACAACGGAAAGGAAGAAAAACCCCGCGAAAAAUACCGCAUCAAGGAAAAUCGCCGACAGGACAACUAUGAGCUCAUAAUGGGUGAUGACAGUAAGCAAAGUGCUAGCGAGAAGGGAGCCGACACAGGUAGUCGAGCAAAAAGAGCGCGAAGCCGAUCAAGGGACAACAGCUGUCCUAGGUCACGGGUGAAACAACGGAAAAGAAGUCCAUCAGAGGAUAAAAAAGUGCCUCGAGCUUAUUCAAAAAGAAACUCUCCAAAACGAGAACAAGAUCCAUUUGGAAAGAGGUCUUCGGAGCGAGGUAGCCAUUGUAGAACAAUCAGAAAAAGCCCGAAAAGAGAGUCCAGCUCUCAAAGACAACGUAGUCCUAGGCAAGAGCAUCAUAGUCCGAAACAAAAUAGGAGUCCCCGGACAGAUCCUGGACUCAAAAGAGACGACGGGCCAAGAAGAAGUAGUGGUUCAAGGAAAGAGCGCAGUCCUAGAAAAGAUUAUGGUUCCAGAAGGGAUCAUAGCCCCAAAAGAGAACGUACUCCAAGAAAAAAUUACAGUCCUCGAACAGGCUACCGCAAUCCCAGGUGUCGGAAAGAUUGUAGUCCCAAUAGUGGUGUUAGCAGACCACGCUGGUCACAAGAGAAAUAUAGCAGGGACGACCGAUUGGCGCAGAGAAGAACCGAUUCUCCGGCGAGACAACAAGACGCAGGUAGUAAGCGGCAUAAUGAAACCUCUGACGAUAAGUCGCUUCCACUUGUGAUACAGAAGAUUCAAGAUACAAAAACUAAUGACUCUUCAGAUAACAGCGAUUCGAGUGUAGAUUCAGCUCCACUGGCGAGGAUGUCUAGAAAUGAAAAAACAGCCAAGAAGUCCAAAAAAGAGAAAAAAAGCAAAAAGUCUAAAAAAAAAAAGAAAAAUAAAAGAUCGAGGCAUCAUUGAAGCAUAUCUAUAUGCUGGACAAAUUUACUAUGAGGCGAGUUUACUGUAUAUAACAAUUGUAUAUAAUAAAUAUAAAUUUCCUUAAUUACGUGCGGCCAUUUACAUCCGGAACGUAGGAAUAACCUCUAGAGGAUCAAUAUAACAAGAUGAAGCAGAUGCAGUUCUUGCGAAUGGUUAUUUCACAUGAAACUAGUAGUAAAUAAUGACGACUAGCUAGAUUUAAUUUAGUGCGUUCGUCCCGCAGAAGUCCUUUUAAACUGUUUUCCAUAAUGAGACAUAUUUUUUUCUUUUUUAAAACAUUUCGUUUCCGAUUUAUUUGUCUAUUCUCGAAAAUUAGCCCGUUAUUUAUAAAGCUGUUGCGAGAAAGAAUCCAAACAUUCUAAGGACACACCAUUGGUGCUGCUUCGGAUAGAUGCUUGAGUAGAUGCGUCGGGAAGAAUAUAGCGCAUACACUUAUUCAAUACUCAUAUUUGCUUCACGCGGCCAAAGGGAUUUUUAAUAGAUAUUGUUCAAGGAAUGCCAUAAUCAACGAAUUACUUAAUAAGGAAUAAGAGACUGUAAUUG